AUGGCGCUGCUUCGAGGCCGCCGACGCCGCCCUCACGAAGACAGCGAUGAACCGACCCCGACCGCAUUGUACCACCAACGCCAGCGUCUCUCUUCGGACGAUCACCACGACGACAGCGACAGCGAUAGUGAAAGCGACCAUUGGCAGCCAGAUCCCCGUCGCCCUGCUGCUCCCACCAAGAGUCGCUUGCCUCCGGGCUCCAGCCCUUUGACGGGAACUGGUCGAUCAACUGCUAACGGAAUAAGAAGAUCUGGCCGACUUACGCGAGGAACUGCAGCUGCUGCCCCUGCUUCCUCAGUGACCGUUUCGCGCUCGCCGCCAAGCGUGAAAACAGGAUCGCCUGGGGCGAUCCAUCUCACCGUGAAGAUGUCCUCAAGCAAGCUUCGUCAGGUGACCAACAGCAGAAGUAGUCGUGGUACUGCCUCCAAUCGCCAUAACAUCUUCACUGAAGAGCCAGUGGUCCAGGGAAAGCGUAGCAGCAGAAACACCAGAAACCUCAGAGAGGUCAGCGACGAUGAUGAUGAUGACGACGACGAUGAACUUGAUGAAGAAGAGGAAGAUGAUGAGAUUGACGAUUCCGAGGAUGGCGCCGGCGAAGACGACGAUGAGCUUGAUGCCGACGGUGACCUAGAAAUGGAAGACGACACCCCGCAGCCUCCUGUGUCGAAGAGGAGCACCCGGCCUGCGGCAGUAGCAGCCAAAGUCAAAAACAAGGCCGUCAAAUCAGUAGAAGAAAAAGAAAUGGAACUCUCUCGCGACGACGAAGAGGAUGAAGAACUAUCAGACCUAGACAGCGACGCUGAAGGUGAACCCGAUGACACCAUGCUACAAGACGAGGAGAUGGGCGAAGGUGUCGAGGAAGGAGAAGAAGAUGUCGAAGGAGAUGAAGAGGACGCUCUCGGCAGUGAUGACAGCAGCUCCCCAGACCCGAACAAGCUCACCAAGCGCCAGCGGGGUACACUGGGCAAAGACUUUUUGCAGCUUCCGAUGGAACCACAAAUCAAGAAACACCUUACUGCCGAGGAACACGCCAUGCGCCGGGCUGAAAUGGCUCGACGAAGGAAGAACCUGAGUGAGAAACGCAACGAAGAAGAAAAGAUGGACACUAUCAACCGUCUACUUAAAAAACAAGCCCCCAAGCGGCGUGGCCGCAUCCCAGCGGCCGAGACAGCCGGCGAAGCUACGCCAGAUGUUCCAGUGGAAGUCGAGAAGCCAGACCCCACGAUGAUACGCUGGAUCAACGGCCGCGAAGGCUACAAAGCCCUUGUCCCAGACGAGAUGCUUGGGGCCCCAGCUGGCCGUCCGUUUGGCAGCUUGCCUGGGAGAAAGCUCAUUGAGGAGGUUUAA